AUGCUCCGCGCACCACCUGAUUCCCUCUUUCCGCUUCGUCACAUUCACAAACCCAACUCACUACUCAGAACUCGGACGACUCGGUUCUGUUGCAAAGCAAGUCUGAUCACAAACUCUGAUUCGUUCGAGGUGGGUCGACUCAUUGGGAGCUAUGGCUUCAUGAACAUCACCAGCUCUUCGGGGUCUCCAUUGGGCGAAGAUACUGAAUACUCAUCAGGUGAUUUGGGGCGGUUGAGAGUUCAAGAUGUAGGAGAAGGCAGUGUAAAGAUCAGGCUAUAUGAUGGGAGAGUCUCCCAGGGUCCACUGAAAGGAACUCCGGUUGUUUUUAAGGUUUAUCCUGGACAACGAGCUGGUGGGAAUGAGGCGGAUAUGAUGGCUGCUAAUGAGCUAAAUGCUCACCUAUUCCUUCAAAACAGUUCAAAUGGCAUCUGUCAGAAUCUUGCAAUACUCGUAGGUGGGUUUGAAACGAAAACUGGAGAGCAGUGGCUUGCUUUUCGUAAUCACGGGAAAUCUAGUGCCGCAGAUUAUGCUAAAGUUAUGAGUGAAAAAGUGUCAAGAAACCGUGCAGCGGGAGUUUGGAAUAAAUUUGAGCAAGAGGAAACAAUCAAACGCAGAAGAUAUUUUGUUACCAAGCUGCUUCAGGGCAUUAUGAGAGGUCUGGCUUACAUGCAUGAUCAUGACAGGUUGCACCAGAGUCUUGGACCAGCUUCUGUUAUUCUGAACACAAUUACAGAGAGAGAUGCUGCUUACUUGGUCCCACGACUUCGGGAUCUAGCCUUUUCUGUAGACAUUGGGUAUUCAAAUCUAGAAGGGGGUCCUGGAUUACUAUCGGAGGGACUUUGGAGAAGAGCAUCUACUGCCGGUGCCUUCACUCCUAUGGAAAAAAGAGCCUUUGGAAUAUCAGAUGACAUAUAUGAAGCAGGUCUUCUCUUGGCAUACUUAGCAUUUGUUCCAUUCUGUGAAGCAGGCAUAAUGGACGGACUUUCCUUGCAAAGGCUUUUGGAGAGCACUUUCCAACUUGAUCUUGGAGCAACAAGAGAGUACUGUUUAGCAGAUGACCGGCUAUUAGAUGCUGUGAAGUUCCUGGAUCUUGGAGAUGGUGCCGGUUGGGAGUUACUCCAGAGGAAAAAGAGGUUGAAUGGAAGUGAGAAUGAGAGUGGAGAUGUGAUCGAGAUAGAAGAUGAGAGGGGAGGAUGGUAG